AUGCAUUACAUCAGCGAAUAUAUAGAUCGCGAUUUUAAUAGGAAAGUUGUUAAUGUUGAUGUUGAUGAGGUUGGUAUUGAUCAACUAGGAAUACCACUGGUUAUGGACAAGAUAGCGGACUACUCUAGUGAAGAUAGUGAUAAUACAGAUCAAGAACAAGGAGCAGAAGUGUUACAACAACAAAAAGUUACAAAGAAACUUAAAUUACCCCCAUUACCAUCAGCUCUUGAAGAAAAAUUCAUUAAAAAACCAUCAUUACCAGAUCCAGCUUUCUAUGAGAUGAACAGAGUAGUUCUACCUAAUAAGUUUCCAGGACUCACUAGUAUAUUCCCAUAUAUCAAAAUCAAACCUACAGAAAGACAAUUUGAUUUAUUAGCGAAUGUGUUAUUGGAAUCCAAACUAUAUCUAAAAUUAUCUGGUCAACCUGUUCAAUUUCAAUCAUUAUUAACUAACGAACUAGGCGUUGAUGUUCCAUUGCAUGUUUCAUUAAAUGAUUUAACUUUCCAUACAAAACAACAACAAUUUUUAUACAAUAAAACAUUAGGAAAAGAAUUUCAAAAAAUAAGGCAUGAUUCAACUUCAAAUUUAUUAACUUUUGAUAAGGUUAAAGUUCUCCCAAAUUUAGAUCAAUCACAUUUCUUCUUGGUAAUGAAUCUAUCUCAAGACUCUAAAAAUGGAUUAAAACAAAUAGUUGAAUUAAUAAAACAAAUUUCUAAAGAAAAUUCAGAUGAUGAAGAACUUAAAUUACUUACAGAUUUCCCAACAUCAACAUUGGACGGACUACAUAUGUCAAUAGCAAGAUGUUUCCCAUUGGAUCCUAAAACUAAUGAAUUGAUACAUAAUAAAAAAUUUGAUCAAAAUUCCAAAAUAAUGAAAGAAAUAAAUAAAUUAUUAGAAUCCGUGGAAAUUGAUAAAGAUCUAAAAUUUGAAUAUGAUAAAGUUUAUCUUGUACAUAAUUCUAGAGAUCUUGCAUCAUACAAAAUUGGUCAAUAG